AUGCAGCGCAGAACGCCCGGCACGCAACCCGGCAAUUACUCGAAGAGAAAACUCCACAGUCAGAAAUUUCGGAAGCUCCAAGCUGAUUUCUUCGUUCUGCGCUGGCGCCCGUCCAGCGGCGCCUCCAGCGUCGCCAGGGCGGUGGGCCCAGCGCCGAUCCAAGGCAUUCGCGUGGAGCUCCAGAAUUUUCUGGUUGUGUGUUGUUGUUCUUCUGGUUGCAGUAUAAGGUCGUUCUCAGCGGUAUUGGUUGCUCACUCUCAGCUGUGCCGCGUGCCCUUGCAUCCUCUGUCUUCUUGGGCUGCACGCGGGGGUGCGGAAAUGCGCGACCCCCCUCGGCUGCAGCGACGCUCGCACUGA